CAAACACUGCAGCAAUGCCUCCUCCCGGUGUGUGUCUGAACAUUAUGGAGGCUCGUCAAAAGCAACACGGUUAUGGUAGCUUCACCAACCCUGACAGGUUCUUCAACCAAGACUACCAGGAGCUGAAACAGUGCUGUGUCACCCAAGGAGUAAAAUACAUCGAUCAAACGUUCCCCCCUAACAGGAACUCCAUUGGCAAAGGGAUACUGAGACCCUCUGACCUGGCCCGUGUUGUGUGGCUGAGACCAGAGAAAAUUGCUCCUUGUCCAGCCUUCGUACUUGAUGGGGUCUCCAGGUUUGACUUUGCUCAAGGAGUACUUGGAAACUGCUGGUUUCUUGCAUCUAUCGGAGCUCUAACAUUCCAGGACGACAUCCUUGGACAAGUUGUUCCUCUUGAGCAAAACUUUGAUGAGAAAUACUGCGGGCUGUUCCACUUCAGGUUCUGGAGAUUUGGAAGGUGGAUGGAUGUUGUCAUUGAUGACAUGCUACCGACAAUCAAUGGGAAACUAAUCUUUGUUCACUCUAAAGACCAAAAUGAGUUCUGGCCUGCUUUGAUGGAGAAAGCCUAUGCCAAAGUGUGUGGUUCCUAUACCGACAUGAAUGCUGGAACUCCUGCAGAGGCUAUGAUGGACUUCACAGGUGGUGUUCACAUGUGUAUCAAUCUGUCAGAUCCCCCUGCAAACCUGUGGACGCUAAUGUGCAGAGCUGGCCUAUCCAAGUCACUGAUGGGCUGUGGCACACCCCAAGGGGAGACACCUGCCAACAACAAAUUGCCAAAUGGGUUGAUCCAAGGCCAUGCCUACACUGUCACGGGUGUGAAACAGAUGAUAAGCCGAGGGAAACCAGUAAACCUGGUGCGUUUGUGGAACCCCUGGGGCCAAGGAGAGUGGACUGGAGACUGGAGUGAUCAGUCAUCUCUGUGGAAAACCGUGAGUGCUAAAGAUCGUGAAAUGUGCCAAUCAGUGGAUGAUGAUGGAGAGUUUUGGAUGACACUGGAAGACUUCUGUAAGUUCUACUCAGAUCUUGACAUCUGCUCCCUAUAUCCCGACUUCCUUGAUGGAAAUUCCUCUCACUGGAAGACCUCCAUGUAUGAGGGCAGAUGGGUUGCAGGAACAACUGCUGGGGGUUGCAUGAAUAAUAAAGACAGUUUCUGGACUAAUCCUCAGUUUCGGGUCAAGAUUGACGGUGAAUAUUCGGAGAUAGAUGGAGAGAAAAACGUGCUGGUAUCUCUCAUGCAAAAGUCUGACAAGAGGAACAGACACCUGGUCCAAAAUCUCCACAUUGGUCUCACUGUAUUUGAGGUAAAUAUUAGCCUUUUAAACCUUCUCCAUCCACAUUGUGCAGCUCAGGUAAAUGAUAUAAACUGCAGAGAACUGAAAAUAAUAUAUUUUUUACUACAGUACAAGGCGCAGAAGGGAAAAUUCCCAGCCUCUUUCUUCAGAAGCCACGCACCUGUUGCCCAAACUAAAACCUACAUGAAUGCACGUGAUGUGAUGGAGUUCCUUUUGCUAAAGCCUGGUGAAUACGUGAUUGUGCCGUCCACCUUCAAUCCCAAUGAGAUAUCCUCCUUCAUCCUGACCAUCCUCUCCAAGGAAGAGACCCACGGCUAUGAGAAUUCUGAUGGCGAUAAUCACAAACAAAGGGAAGUAGAAGAGCCCAUGCGAACCGAAAACGUAGAGGAUGACGACAAAAAGAGAACCUUUUUCAGUCAAUACUCUGACAAGUAUGAAGAAGUCGAUGCUGAGCAGCUCCAUAGGCUUCUAAAUGAAAACGUUCUGAAAGGAGACUUGAAAUCUGGAGGAUUCAGCAUUGAUGCCUGUCGCAGCAUGGUUGCUCUGAUGGAUACAUCAAUCACCGGCAAACUGAACGGUGAGGAAUUUGUUCGUCUGUGGAAGGUGGUCAUCACAUACAAGGACAUUUUCUUCUGCACAGAUGUUUCACAAACAGGGACACUGUCACUGAGUGAGCUGAGGAACGCAAUCAUGGUUUCAGGAAAGAGGAUCAGAGAUGACAUGCUGAAUUUGAUGGCUGUGCGCUACGGUGGCUCCUCUGGACAAAUAACGCUGGAGAGCUUCAUCAGUCUAAUGCUUCGCUUUGACUGCAUGAACCAAAUCUUCAGCCAGUUGUCUGAUGGGACGAACAUGACUCUUCGUGGAUCAGAGUGGAUGUACCUUUCAAUGUACACCUAAGAGAAGAUGGACUGCAGGAUUCAUUUGGAAUUACAGCAGUAGAUGAUGUAAAGGAAAUACAAAAGGUGUUAUUCUGCAAAUUAACUAUUACAUGGUAUGAAACAAGGUAUUCAUUUCUAAAUUUGCUAAUAUUAGGGGUGUAACAUGUAAUGUAAUGUAACAAACAUUGUGUCCUCCUAUCUGACUUGUUGCCUUUCCUGUGUCUCUCUUUUCUACUGCAAAGUAGAGUGGGAGAACAACUGGAAGGAACAUGCACAGUGUGGCUACUUUGCUUCCCUGUUAUAGACAGUACCUGUUAGAAAAAAAUAUGAUACUCUUCUUCUCUCUGUUAGUAUUAAACUGUUUGCAUAACAACUAGCCAAAAUACUGCUGAUAUUCUCAUGAGAAAAAUCUUGGGAGCCACUUCCUGACCUUGUGGGAGACAACAACAUCAUUUCAUAUUAUGAUUUCAUUCUUCACUCAUAGAAAGCUGCUGUAGAAGGCUUUCGUCAGUCAUUUUUCUGUACUUAUGCUGUGAAGUGCUGUAAAAUUUGACUCUACUUGCAAGUUAAUGAACUUUGAGACAUUUUCAGUGAUUCUGUCUCUUGAUAAAUAAUUAUCAUAACAGUACCCAAAAUGCACAUAGCAUUGAAUACUACAAAAUACAAUUUUUGGACUGUAUCUCAUGAGUGCGCUGUUAUUCUAACUAAGGUUCAAAAUGUUACAUUUGUUACAAAUGCUGUUUAGAAGUGAAAAUAUAUGUUGUUACUUAAAGUGAAUACAAGUGUAGAGCACUAUAGCACAGCUGUGUCAAAAACACAAGUGGAUCAUAAACACAAAAAUUGUAUGAACUCAAUUUUUGUUUUAUUGUUACAUCCCUACUAAAUGUAAUGUGAAAUACAAAAUAUGUGAAAAUAUGACCUUUUUUUAAGUCUAACUUUAAGUCUCUCAGAUGUAAGCUACUUUUUUCACUCUGUACUUUACAAAAUAAAGACAUUAUGCAAACA